AUGCCAUUGUCUCUGCGGUUGAAAAACACAGCGUCUGUAGCGCGGGACCAUCUUGCAAACGAACGAACAUUCCUGGCGUGGCUGCGCACAAGCCUGACCUUCACCAGCGUGGGGGUGGCACUGACCCAGCUGUUUCGGCUGCCCAGUCUAGUUGAAAAUCCACUAGCAAUGCGUGCAAGCUCUAUAAUGGGCAGUGUCGUUGUCGGAAUGGGUAUCAUCACGACAGUCCUUGGGCUCAUUCGGUACUUCCACGUGCAGCAGGUUCUUCAGGAGGGCGAGUUCCCGGUAACGAGGUAUAUGAUCAUUGUAUUAUUCACACUAACUUUCGCAAUCGUCGCAGUCGCACUCGCGAUUCUUAUCGAAACAGUCGCCGACAAUACGUAG